AUGGGGCAAGGUAACAGUCGCAAGUUAUAUGCGCAGGCUCUUAAGGGCAUGCUCCAAGCUCGAGGAGUUAAAGUUGGACAGAGUCAAUUAGAGAGUUUCUUUCGCUUUAUCGAGGAAGUAUGCCCCUGGUUCCUUGAGGAAGGAACCAUUAGUUUAGAAGCUUGGCAAAAAAUAGGAAAAAUGAUUCAGGAACAUUAUGAUGCAAGUGGCCCUGAAACAACCCCAGUGGAUGCUUUUACUCUUUGGCAUUUAGUUCAAGAAUUUCUGGACCCCAGACAUGAACAAAUAAAAUUUAAUCAGUUGAUUGGGGAAGUUGAACAGGAAAAUGAGGAAAAGUCAGAUUGCUCUGAUGCUGAGGAAAAGUCAGAUGACUCAGAUGCUGAGGAAAAAAUAUAUGAUGACCCUACUGAGGAUAAAACAGUCCAUUUUGAGAAAAUGUUGAAUUCAGUUAUAAAAAAUUGUCAGAUUGAAGCAAAGCAGCAACCCCCUUUAAGGGUGAAUGUUUGUGAGCCCACUUUAACAGUUCCCAAGGACUCAGAUUUCUUUCUGCCACCCCCUCCGCCUGUUAUUCCCCAGGUGCAGUCUACUGGGUCAGUGGAGCCUAGUCGGCCCAGGCCUUUGAAGUUAUCUAGUCCUCCUAAUGAUGAAUUCCCUCUUGGGACAGGGGCUAUUUGCCCUCCCAGGCGUAGUGCCUUGCAGCUCUCAUUAGCACAGGCUGCUCAAAGAGUGGAGGAUAUUUCUGGUUUUCAUUUAUUUCCUGUAAUGGAGGACCAAAAGCAACAAAGAACUCACCAACCUAUUCAAUUUAAACAAAUAAGAGACUUGAAAAAUGCUUGUUCUCAAUAUGGACCUACAGCUCCAUUUACGCAGGUAAUUUUGGAAACAUUGUCCACUGAUGCUUUAUGCCCUAAUGAUUGGAAACAAUUAGCUAGAGCUUCUCUUAGUGGAGGAGAUUACUUGUUGUGGAAGUCUGAAUUUGUGGAACAGUGUCAGGCCACAGCAGAGGUUAAUAGGGCUAAUAAUAUACCUACUACUUUUGCAGAGCUUGCUGGGGAAGGUGCUUAUAAUGACAUCCAUACCCAGUUAAAUUACCCUGUGGGCACAUAUGCUCAGAUUAAUGCCACUGCUAAGCGUGCCUGGAAGAAACUUCCUAACUCUAAUAAGACUGAGGAUCUUUCUAAAAUUAUACAGGGACCAGAUGAACCUUAUCAAGAUUUUGUCUCUCAGUUACUGGGGGCAACAGGCCGUCUCAUCCAAGAUGGGGAUGCUGGUAUGGUUUUUGUACAACAAUUGGCAUAUGAAAAUGCUAAUGCAGCUUGGAAGCAGCCAUUAGACCAUUUGGAAAAAAGGAGGAAUAACUGA